CAGGGCCAGGGCCCCGUUGCUGCCUCGGGGAAAUGCCCCGCCGCCGCCCACCCCACGGAAGCGAAGGAGGAGCGACUUUUCGGCCGCCUCUGCUUCCUCCGACGCGCGCAAGAAGGAGCCAUGUUGGAGACCAGGCUCUCCGCGCUCCGAGACUUUCCUCGGCGGCUUGCUCCGCGCGUG